AUGGGUUCUACUUGGUAUCGAAGAUACUUUAUUGAAAAAGAUCAUUCGACAUUUGUUGGAUAUGUUGAACCUUAUGGACCUGUGGUUAUUUCGAUAGUACUCGAUAAUCGAACUGUAAAUGCUAAUCGUGAAAGUGUAUACUGGUAUAGAUAUAUUAUGCGUAAAAAACAAUUACCGGAUGAUAGAGGAUUAUUAUCAGGUCCACCUAUGCUUCCUAUGGGUGAUUUACCAGCUGAUGAUUUAUUAAAAAUGAUAGUAAAAAAUCCUGGAAAACAAUCAUUAAAGAAAUUUUUAACUACUCCUGAAUUAACAAAAGAAUUAUUAAAUUUGGAUGAAACAAGACUGAAAAAAUGUUACAAGAUAGGUGUAUUAUAUUGUGCACCAACACAAAAAACCGAAGAAGAAUGGUUUUCCAACACUACUACAUCAAUUGCUUAUGAAAAUUUUUUAGAAAUUUUAGGUAAAAAGGUUAGAUUAUUAGGGUUUGAUGGUUUUACUGGUGGUUUAGAUACUGUUACCGAAGGUACUGGUGAAUAUUCUAUUUACGAUACCGGAACUUGGAAAGAUUUUACUAUUAUGUAUCAUGUAAGCACAUUACUUCCUUAUGAAAAAUCUGAUAAACAUCAAAUUACAAGAAAAAGGCAUAUUGGAAAUGAUGUUGUAUGUAUAAUUUUUCAAGAUGUCCGAAGGCCUUUUUCUCCACUUGCUAUACGUUCGCAAUUUUUGCACGUUUACGUAGUUGUAAGCCCUGUUCAAAUUAAUAUUGGUUCUUCACGAGCAUUUCGCGUUGAUAUUGUAUGUAAAGAUGGUGUACCAUAUUUUGGUCCUCCAUUACCUGAUCCUCCGAUAUUUGACGAUCCGGUAUUAUUAAAAAAAUUUUUAGUGGCUACAGUAAUCAAUGGUCAAAAUGCUGCUUGGAAAUCACCAAAAUUAUCCGAACCAUUUUUAAGAACUCGUGGAGCUAUUAUACAAGAUAUAGUUAUAAAACUUGUACCUCAACCAAAUAAUCCUAUAACACCACCAAUAUCACCUAAAAAAAUGUCACAAGAUGAAUUGGAUUCUUCUUUAAAAAAAUUAUUUAAAGAUUCUUUAAAAUCCGGUGAUCGUCCUCCUGAUAUGGCUCAAAUAAAAUCUUUAUUAGAUCAAGGUGCUAAUCCAAAUAUUCGUUUAUUACAACCAAAACCAUCAAAAGAACGUUUAAAUAAUUUAUAUAAUCAUCAACCUUCAAUAUCUCAAAAUCCGGAUUUAUCUAGAUCAAAGACAUUACAAUCGGUUUAUUCUUAUAGUUCAAGUUCUUCUUUAGGUGAAAAUGAUUUAAAAUCUUUCUCUCAAUUAUACAAUCACAAAUUACCAAAUAUUUUAUUUGCUACUAUAAUAUUAUGUGAUGAUCCGGUAUAUGUGAAGAUGUUAAUUGAUCAUGGUGCUGAGGCUUUACCAAGAGAUGCUCAUUUUCCAAAUGCUUUCAUUUUUGCUGCAAAAUAUGGUCGCGUUGAAAUUAUGAAAUAUUUAUUGGAAAAUGUUCCAAAAUUAAGUGAUAAUGAAAGUGUUGAUAUUGAAGAUGAUUCCUCAAAUGUUGGUGGAAGUAGUGGUGGAAUUGGCGCUAAGGAAAUUAAGAAUUAUGGAACAAAAAUAUGGAGUGGUUUUACUGGUGAAGUUAAAAAAUUAAAGAAUCAUAUUAAUAGAGCUAGUAAUUUGUAUAAAUAA